CAGCAAGACAGUCUACGUUGUUUCUGUGUUACCGCAAGUCGGCGCGUUCCGAGAGUGCGCCGUUCGUCGUCAAUUCAUCGCAUCACAAGUUUCCCCAAGUUUUGAUCAACAGCUCCCGCGAGUUCUGCUACUACAACUACUACUGUUGCUGCUGUUAUUCCUUCUUUCGUGUUCGCCGAUCGCGAAUUAAACGUGACCAUUAUUCCCUCAAAUUCUUUGACCCGAUUUCCUCGAUGGUCGGUACCAAUGAUCUACAACGGCAAUCCGUAUAGUAUGACGUUCACAUAUCACUAUACCUGGAAUCGAGAAAUUGUAUUCAACUCCCAGAAGCUCGUGAAGAGACGCUGAAAACCUCAGGCACAGGAUCGCGCACCCCCGAAGCAAAAAUUAAUAUCAUACAUAUUAUUACAUUUUUGCUCCGAAAGAGACAUCAACCCCCUGUUAUUUGAUAUACCGAACUAUUCUUCCGUACUCUAAUCACGUUUAGUGUGUUCGCUCUAUAUAAAUAUAAAUAUAUAUUAUAUAUAUUAUCGUUAAUUAACAAUGGUCUCUUGUUAUGAUGCUUUUUCAUCCUACUGGAUGGACGAUGACAAGAUGCUGCCAAUGUACGAGGAAUCACAACCUAUGGAAAAGUCGUCGUUCCACCACCAUCACGCACACCAUCAACAACAUGUUUCUCUGCAGCAGCAGGAGCCGGUUUACUCCAAUCAGUCGACACAGUCCCUGCUGACGGAGUUCCAGAACGUCUUCGAUUCCGUGAACAACAAUGGAUCUUUGACACCUCCUCAAAGUCCGCAGCCGUCGCUGAUAAUUCUUCAGCCGGCCGGCGGGACAUUAGCAACACCAUCAUCCGAUCACACCUACCAAGUGGUGGGUCUGAAAGUGCAGAACGUUCCUUUGGAAUACCCAUCUCCCAACACACCCCAAACCAAUGUCAACCACGAACUGGCUUUCGUGGAAGAGCUGGUCCGGUCCAGGGUGGAAACUAUGGUUCCAUCCUCGCCGAGCAGCAGUAGCUGCAGCAACUACGGCGAUUCCUCUUCCGACGAUCCGGAAUGGUCCACGGAGGGUUCAGGAUUUACGAAGAAAUCUGGAUCGGGGCGUGACAAGAUCAAGCCGUACUCCAGGAACGGUGAGGAGAAAAAGUUCAGGAAGAAGGAGCAGAACAAGAACGCGGCCACCCGGUACCGUCUGAAGAAGAAAGCGGAAGUGGAGGAGAUUUUAGGUGAAGAAAAAGGGCUGCUGGACACGAAAACCCAACUGGAGGGCAACGUCGUAGAUCUGCAGCGGGAAAUUAAAUGUUUGAAAAGUUUGAUGCGCGAUCUCUUCAAGGCCAAGGGCCUCAUCAACUAAGGCCCUGUGUUGCAUCCCAUCAGUUUACAUCGUUUGUUGGAUAACCUCGAUGGUUAAACUACGAACGAUGCAAACGUACAGGCCUAUACACGAACUUGCUAACUGGGAAUUUGCUUUACAUAUUUUUUUAAUUUUAUUUUUUUUCUUGCUUUCGUUCAAUAUAGAUUUUUUUUCAUGAAUUUAAAUUAAGGAAAACUAAGUUUUGUCUUAUUUAUCAUCUUUUUACUUCUUUCUAUAUAUUCUAUGUUAUACAUAUUAACACCCGUCGCCAUUUCAUCGUUGAUUUUUAAUUACUAAUCUACCUAAUUAAGAUAAAGCAUUUAUUCAACAACAAAACAUAUCUUUUUGUUAUAUUCUAUUAUUGUUAUAAAUAGUAAGAUAAAUUAUGUUUCAUUUUAUGUUUGGCAAACAACAGAUCAGAACACGCAGCAACAACAUAGAAAAAAAAAAUACAUGGAGAAAUUAAAUGGAGCAAUUGAAUAAUAAAUAAAAUGAAACUUUA